AUGUCUGACGUUGAAGAACAAUACGAGGAACAACAGCCAGUUGUCCAAGAAGAAUUACAAGUUGUUGAGUUGGCUACUGCCAUCCCACUUGAAAUUCAAGCUGCUCAGCAAGAGAUCAAGUUGUUUAACAAAUGGUCUUUUGAAGACGUCGAAGUUAAAGAUGUUUCCUUGGUUGACUACGUUCAAAUCAGACAACCAAUUUUUGUCUCUCACACUGCUGGUAGAUACGCCUCAAAGAGAUUCAGAAAGGCUCAAUGUCCAAUUGUUGAAAGAUUGACUAACUCCUUGAUGAUGAACGGUAGAAAUAACGGUAAGAAAUUGAAGGCUGUUAGAAUUGUCAAGCAUGCUUUGGAAAUAAUCAAUGUUUUGACUGAACAAAACCCAAUCCAAGUUGUUGUUGAUGCUAUUGUUAACUCUGGACCAAGAGAAGACUCAACCAGAGUCGGUUCUUCUGGUACCGUUAGAAGACAAGCAGUUGAUGUCUCCCCAUUAAGAAGAGUUAACCAAGCUAUUGCUUUGUUGACCAUUGGUGCUAGAGAAGCAUCUUUCAGAAACGUGAAGACCAUCGCUGAAUGUUUGGCUGAAGAAUUAAUUAAUGCUGCAAAGGGCUCAUCUACUUCUUACGCCAUCAAGAAGAAGGAUGAAUUAGAAAGAGUUGCUAAGUCUAACCGUUAA